CGGCACGUGUGGAGGGGCUCCAAGCCUCCGGCCUUGAAAAUAGAAUUAAAAAAAUUGCGAAAAUUCGCUCCUGUUUCUAGAGAGAGAGAGAGAGAGUGAGAGGAGAGAGAAAGAGGGUGGGAGGCGGGUCCGAAAAUGGGAAAAACCGUCGAGGCGAAGAGGAAGAAGAAGGGCCGUCCCUCUCUCUUGGAUCUCCAGAAGCGCAGUCUCCGACUCCAGCAGCAACAGCAGAAGACAAACCCUAACCCUAACCCUAACUCCAAUCCAUACCUCCGGUUCCCCAACACUGGCGGUGGUACUGGCCGCCGGAGCACGCGCCGGAAUCCGACCAUCGAGCCAGUGGCGGAUGUGCAUGAUGAUGGGGAAGAGGAUGAUGGAAACAUCGGGAAGCGGAGGGAGAAGAAACUUAAGCUCGUUCUUCGAAUCGACGAUCAUUCUGAAAAUUCAGUGCGGCAUUCGGGAUUCUCGGGCUCCGAAUCGGAAGGAGAAGGCUCGCGCGCGCGCAGGAAGAGGAAGAUCGAGGCCUUUGGUGGUGAUGGUGAUCGCUUAAAGGUGGACACGCACAACUCCUUGAAAACGACGGAGUCUCUUCGAGCGGAUACAUCAAAUUCGGGGCCCACGACAACUUUGCCAGACAAAAAGUUGUUGUUGUUCAUCCUUGAUACGCUGCAGAAGAAGGAUACAUACGGAGUCUUCUCAGAACCAGUGGAUCCUGAGGAGCUCCCAGAUUAUCAUGAAGUCAUUGAGCAUCCUAUGGAUUUCAGUACAGUACGGAAGAAGCUAUCCCGUGGAGCCUACAAAAAUUUGGAGCAGUUUGAGAAGGAUGUGUUUCUGAUUAGUUCAAAUGCUAUGCGCUACAAUGCAACAGACACUAUUUAUUAUCGGCAGGCACGAUCUAUUCAAGACCUUGCAAAGAAGAAUUUUGAAAACUUGAGGCAGGAAAGUGACAAAGAACCUGAAAUAAAGACAGUUGUAAGAAGAGGUAGACCACCAAGUAAGAACAUCGGCCGACCUGUUGGCCCGCCGCCUUCUGAGCUUGUUGCCUCGGGUUUCUCCUCAGAUCCAACCCUAACUAAUGCUGGUGGUAGCGCCAAUUUGUUUAACCAAAUUCAUCCAUUGUUGAAGAAAGGCCCUGCAACAGAUAAGCCUGGAUCAGCUGAAGUUUCUGGAAAAGUUUUGUAUGGUCUCCGCAACUCCGAUUCAUUUGGUUGGAUAAGCACGAACAAAGUCGACGCAAGAGAGGAAUUCCCAGGUUCAGCUAAAGGGCUUACAAGCAGAUUUGGCAAAAAAGUUCCAGUUAUGGAAGAGAACCGGAGGAACACAUACAGUCAAUUCCAGCCAUACAAUUAUGGAUGUGAGCUACCAAUUUGGUCUCUGUUUGAUGGUGAGAAGAAACAGCUAGAUGCGGUUGGACUUCAUAUGGAGCAUGCAUAUGCCAGGAGCUUGGCUCGAUUUGCGGCGCAUCUUGGAUCCCUUGGCUGGGCUAUUGCCUCUAAGAAAAUCGAAAAGGCUUUGCCUCCCGGAACAAAAUUUGGCCGAGGAUGGGUUGGAGACGACGAAAUCCUGCAAAAAUUUCAGCUACAAUUUCAGUCUUCCUCUCCCUCGAACCAGUCUUCUCAAGCCACCAUCUCUCCCUGCACCACAAUUCUAAAAGGAAACAAUAAACCUUCACAGAAGGUUGAACCUUCCUGUCGAAACACGCCUUCUGAAGACAUUGGCAACAGCACAACAAUGGCUUCAGCUGCUCCUUCCGAUGUUGGCUCCUGUAACCACGGCGAAACUAAUCACAAUGAAACCGGCAUCCUGUCGAAGCCGCCAUUCCAGGUCCAUCAGAACCGGGGAAUCAAUGGUUUUACCAGUGGAUUCAGGUUCAACCUGCCUUCCCAGGCAGCUACCAUGAUGAAAACCAUGAGACCACCUAUGCCUUUUGGCUCUGAGCCACCAAUGACCCCCGCCCGGGCACUCGACAUGGCCCCAAGAAACGCGAACGGCAACACAUUAAUUCGAACACAUUCGAGCCACUUCGAUUCAGAGAUGGCAUUAACUUGUAAUCCUCCACCUAGUUUUGGCAAAACGGUUGCAGACCUUGCCAAUGAUUCGCAAUGGCGGUCUUCUUCGAUGCCGGCGAAGUCGGAAUCUAUUCCACCUGAUUUGAAUAUCAGAUUCCAGUCUCCAGGAUCACCAGUUCCGGCCGCCGGGGUCGAUCCCCAACAACCUGAUUUAGCCUUACAACUCUAAUUAAACUAUGAUGGCUAUGAUUCUUGGUUUCUGGGAGAUUUUUACCGGAGGGAUAUAACAUAUAUAGAUGAAGAGGGCUCAUAACCACAUUUGUUUGACUCAGAGCAUUGUGUGAUGAAGAAAUUGAGAUGCUCACUGUCGUUGAGCGAUUGUACAGAUUAAAUUAAUGUAUCACUCUGAUGACAUUGAUUCAUCUUUUUAGUGACAAUUCAAAUCAUCACUUGGCUAUAUGAUAAGAGUUGAUCCAGUUUUGCA